GAAAGUUGAUUGGCAAUUUGGCAGAAUACUCCAGAAUAUUAUUAAGCAUCAAUUAGCUGCUGCCUAUUAGUUAACAAGAUAAGAGUACCCAUAUCUCGCAGCUUCCAAGCUUCUAUAUCCCAAUUUGAUUCUCCUUUCAACUCUUAAUAACAAUAAACGUUUCCUGUUCUGCGUGGACAUUGACAAUACCGUGUUAAAAAUUUGUUCUUUAAUCAUUUUUAUUCAAUUUUGCCCAUUUUAAUCUUAUUAUUAUUACUUUUUUCUUGGGAGGAUACCUGGAAGGAAUAUUCUUUAUUUUCAAUUUUCCAUAUUACUAUAUAUAUAUUUUUUAUAUUUAUGGUCCGUUUUCAUGUGGCCACACUGAAGAGCUCAAGAACUGUUGUCCAUCUCAUUCGCUUCUCAUCGAUCACUUCCGUGGGAAAGGAAAAUGGCUGAAACUGAUUCAUAUUCGGAGUUCCUUGCCCUUGCAGUCGAUGCGGCUGAGAGGGCCGGAGAGUUUAUCCGAAAAGGGUUCUAUCAAACCAAGCAUGUGGAGCAUAAGGGCCAGGUAGAUUUGGUCACUGAAACUGAUAAGGCGUGUGAAGAUCUCAUCUUCAAUCAUCUCAAGCAACAUUUCCCUAGCCAUAAGUUUAUUGGGGAAGAAACUACUGCUGCCUGUGGUGCUACAGAGCUGACUGAUGAACCAACAUGGAUAGUUGAUCCUCUUGAUGGAACAACUAAUUUUGUGCAUGGAUUUCCCUUUGUGUGCGUCUCUAUUGGUUUAACAAUUGGAAAGGUCCCCAGAGUUGGCGUUGUCUACAACCCAAUUAUGAAUGAGCUCUUCACUGGCAUCCAUGGAAAAGGAGCUUUUCUAAAUGGAGACCCCAUAAAAGCGUCUUCUCAGUCGGAACUUGUGAAAUCCCUCCUUGGUACUGAGGCUGGAACGAAGCGUGAUCAGGCAACCUUGGAUGCCACUACAAACAGAAUCAAUUAUUUACUUUCCAAGGUCAGGUCGAUUAGGAUGAGUGGGUCUUGUGCAUUAGACCUCUGUGGCAUUGCAUGCGGAAGGCUGGAUGUAUUCUAUGAACUUGGAUUUGGUGGCCCUUGGGAUGUCGCAGCUGGUGCUCUGAUUGUUAAAGAAGCAGGGGGAGUUGUGUUUGAUCCUUCUGGAAAAGAAUUUGACAUCACAGCUCAGCGAAUUGCUGCGUCAAAUCAACUUGUCAAGGAUGCAUUUGUGGAGGCACUGAGGCACUCUGAAUGAAGUGUAUUAUUAUAUGGCAACCAAAAUCUUCACUUGAUCUGUCAAUUUCUUUUAUUAGGAAAGAAACAAGCAAAUGGCAUCCCUUCUCCCACCCCAUCAAAUUGAUCUCCAGAGAUACUGUUAGGCGUUGCCCCCCCCCCCCACAGUACAGCAGCACACUCAAUUGUUGCUCCCUCUGCAUGCAGCAUUAGGCUGUACCAAUCGUUCUAAAACUCCAAAAAUAACGCGACAAUUUGAUAAUCUAGUAAUAUCAGAUGCAAGUUGAUUUCACUCUUCAAA